UGCACACAACACCCACGCAUCCUAUGCCCAUCUCGCCUCAACAAACUUCGUCCCGGGAUCACUGCUCAUCUCGACACCAACAAUCCUCCCGUGUCCUGUAUCAACACCUGCGGGCGAGAUAACUGAUCCCUCCUCUUCGCAUCCUUCCUCAUUACGUUGUGGUUGGACCAUCGUAGUUGAUUAUCCCAUCCCGUUCACCCUCUCCGCCCUCCAUCUCCAUUUCCUUCACUUAACCAUUUUUCUUGACUUUGCUGCCUCACUGGUUCUCCACACCAGCACUGGUCCACCACCACUUGGCUCAAUUGUCCCGCGAACACAUUCACUUGUGUAAGGGUGACAGCGGCCGGUAGUUCGAGAGUCCAAAAAGAUCCUUACCCUUCCUUUCCGUGCACCAUCAACACACAGCCUCUUUCGGCAUCUUUGAGAUACCCCUUAGAAUACACGCGUGCGCACUCACGCUUUCUCCCAGGGACGCCUGCUAUCCCCAAAGCCAACACAAACAACCGCAGCGAUGCGCCCCGAAGUCGAACAGGAACUCGCCCACACUCUCCUUGUCGAGCUCCUCGCAUAUCAAUUUGCCUCACCAGUCCGGUGGAUCGAGACCCAAGAUGUCAUCCUGGGCGAGAAGCGCACCGAGCGUAUCGUGGAGAUCGGUCCCGCAGACACGCUCGGCGGAAUGGCCAAACGCACCCUCGCAAGCAAGUACGAAGCCCACGAUGCGGCGCUCUCGCUCCAGCGACAGAUCCUGUGCUACAACAAAGACGCCAAGGACAUCUACUACGAUGUUGAGCCGGAAGAAGAGGAACCCGCAGCGGCUGCAUCAGCUCCAUCUCCAGACGCUCCAGCAGCUGCAGCGCCUAAACAACAAGCGGCGGCAGCCCCAGCAGCAGCAGCUCCACCUCCUCCUAGCGCUGGACCGGCUGCAGCUGUAGCAGACGCGCCCGUGACCGCGACGGAUGUGAUUCGUGCCAUCGUUGCCCAAAAGUUAAAGAAGCCGCUUAUGGACAUCCCAUUGAGCAAAGCGAUCAAGGACUUGGUUGGAGGAAAAUCAACGCUCCAGAAUGAAAUCAUCGGUGACUUGGGCAAGGAGUUCGGUUCCGCGCCUGAGAAGCCAGAAGACAUUCCUCUUGAUGAGCUUGGGGCAGCUAUUCAACCUACUUUCAAUGGCCAGCUUGGCAAGCACUCCUCCUCCCUCGUUGCGAGAAUGGUCUCAUCGAAGAUGCCGGGCGGUUUCAACAUCACAGCCGUGCGAAAGCAUUUGGAGACGAGGUGGGGCCUUGGUCCAGGCCGACAAGACGGCGUUCUCCUCCUUGGGUUGACAGCAGAGCCAGCUUCACGUCUUGGCUCGGAGAACGAUGGAAAGGCGUGGCUCGAUGACAUGGCCAACAAAUAUGCUGGCAUUGCUGGGAUCAGCUUGUCCACGGCGUCCGUUGGUGGCGAUGCUGGUGGUGCUUCUGGCGGCAUGUUGAUGGAUCCAGCUGCGAUUGACGCACUCACCAAAGACCAGCGGGCUCUAUUCAAGCAGCAAUUGGAACUUUUCGCACGCUACUUGAAGAUGGAUCUACGAGCCGGUGACAAGGCGUUUGUCACAUCGAAGCAGGCUUCAGAUGCGCUUCAAGCGCAGCUGGAUCUUUGGCAAGCUGAGCACGGCGACUUCUAUGCUUCGGGCAUAGCUCCUUCGUUUACGCCACUCAAGGCUAGAGUGUACGAUUCUUCGUGGAAUUGGGCACGACAAGAUGCGCUAAGCAUGUACUACGAUAUCAUCUUUGGCCGCCUCAAGGCCGUCGACCGGGAAAUUGUCAGUCGCUGCAUCGCUAUCAUGAACCGUUCGAAUCCGCGCCUCCUGGACUAUAUGCAGUACCAUAUUGAUCACUGUCCGACCGAGCGCGGCGAAACAUACGAGCUGGCCAAAGAGCUGGGUCAGCAGCUCAUCGAGAACUGCAAGGACGUGCUCAAUGAACCUCCCGUGUUCAAGGAUGUCGCUAUUCCAACUGGCCCUUCACUUGAAAUUGAUGCCCGCGGUAACAUGAUCUAUAAGGAAGCACCGCGUGCUAGCGUUCGUAAGCUCGAACACUAUGUCCGUGAAAUGGCUGAAGGCGGCAAGCUGUCCGAGUACGGCAACCGUACUAAAGUCCAAAACGAUCUCCAACGCAUCUACAAGCUCAUCAAGCAGCAGCACAAGCUGUCUAAGUCAUCUCAACUAGAAAUCAGGAACCUCUACAGCAACGUCAUCCGUUCCCUGUCCAUGAACGAGGGUCAGAUUAUUCCUCAGGAGAAUGGAAAGUCCAUCGGCUCCAAGAAGACUAGCCGUAAUGGUCGCCUCCCCGGCAAGCGCGGCAAGGUUGAGACGAUUCCUUUCUUGCACCUUAAGCGCAAGGAUGAUCACGGCUGGGAGUACAGCAAGAAGAUGACAGGCGUGUAUCUUGACUGCCUUGAAAAGGCGGCACGCGACGGUUUGACCUUCCAGGGCAAAUAUGUGCUUAUGACUGGUGCUGGAGCUGGAUCUAUCGGUGCCGAGAUCUUGCAGGGACUCAUAAGUGGAGGUGCUAAGGUCGUAGUUACUACGAGCCGCUUCUCGCGCGAGGUCAACGAGUAUUACCAGUCAAUGUACACGCGCUUUGGAGCACGGGGCUCGCAACUCAUUGUUGUGCCUUUCAACCAGGGCAGCAAGCAGGAUAUUGAUGCUCUGGUGAACUACAUCUACGAUGAUAAGAAGGGCCUCGGCUGGGACCUCGACUUUAUCGUACCGUUUGCCGCCAUCUCAGAAAAUGGACGCGAAAUUGAUGGCCUUGAUUCAAAGUCCGAGCUUGCGCACAGAAUCAUGCUUACAAACUUGCUGAGACUGCUUGGUGCGAUUAAGACGCAAAAGAUGGAGCGCGAAUUUGAGACAAGACCCGCUCAGGUUAUCCUUCCACUGUCGCCAAACCACGGCACUUUUGGCAACGAUGGCUUGUACUCGGAGUCCAAAAUUGGCCUUGAAACCCUAUUCAGUCGUUGGCACUCCGAGAACUGGGGAAGCUUCCUUACCAUCUGUGGUGCGGUCAUCGGCUGGACGCGUGGAACGGGUCUUAUGGCCGGUAACAACAUCGUUGCUGAGGGCAUUGAGCGCUAUGGCGUACGUACCUUUUCCCAGCAGGAGAUGGCGUUCAACAUCCUGGGUCUCAUGUCGCCUCAAAUCGUCAACUUGUGCCAGAUUGAGCCUGUAUGGGCAGACUUAAACGGCGGUUUCCAGUACCUCCCGAACUUGAAAGACCUUACUGCGCAGUUGCGCAAAGACUUUACGGAAAUCAGCGAAGUUCGCAAGGCCGUCGUGAAGGAAACAGCUAUAGAAAAUAAGAUCGUCAAUGGCGAAGCAAGUGAACAACUUGACAAGAAGGUCAAGAUCCAGCGCCGCGCCAAUAUCAAGUUCGACUUCCCCAAGCUGCCCGACUGGGAGACUGAAAUUAAACCCCUCAAUGAGAACCUCAAGGGCAUGGUUGAUCUCGAGAAGGUUGUCGUCGUUACUGGUUUUGCUGAGGUGGGUCCGUGGGGCAACUCCCGUACACGUUGGGAGAUGGAAGCCUAUGGUGAAUUCUCCCUAGAAGGCUGCAUUGAGAUGGCCUGGAUCAUGGGUCUAAUCAAAAACCACAACGGUCCUCUCAAGGGCAAGAGCUACUCCGGUUGGGUGGAUGCCAAAACUGGCGAACCGGUCGACGACAAGGAUGUAAAGGCCAAGUACGAGAAGCACAUUCUUGAGCAUUCUGGAAUUCGCCUCAUAGAGCCAGAACUGUUCAAUGGCUAUGAUCCCAACAAGAAAGAACUGCUCCACGAGGUGCAGAUUGAGGAAGAUUUGGAUCCAUUCGAGGCAUCUAAGGAGACCGCUGAAGAAUUCCAGCGCAGACAUGGUGACAAAGUGGAAAUCUUCGAGGUCGCUGACUCGGGUGAAUACACUGUUCGCUUGAAGAAGGGCGCUACUCUCCUUAUCCCCAAGGCUCUUCGUUUCGACCGUCUUGUCGCUGGUCAGAUUCCAACUGGUUGGGAUGCGCGCAAGUAUGGUGUUCCUGAAGACAUCAUUUCCCAGGUUGACCCAGUGACGCUGUUCGUGCUUGUGUCUACUGCAGAGGCACUGCUAUCCUGUGGUAUUACGGAUCCGUACGAAUUUUACAAGUAUGUGCAUAUUUCACAGGUUGGCAACUGCAUCGGUUCUGGCAUUGGUGGCACAAGCGCGCUGCGUGGAAUGUAUAAGGACCGCUUCCUCGACAAGCCCCUACAGAAGGACAUCCUUCAAGAGUCGUUCAUUAACACCAUGAGUGCGUGGGUGAACAUGUUACUACUCUCCUCUACUGGUCCCAUCAGAACGCCAGUUGGUGCCUGUGCGACAGCUGUUGAGUCAAUAGACAUUGGCUAUGACUGCAUUGUCGAGGGCAAGGCUCGUGUCUGCUUCGUUGGUGGAUUCGACGACUUCCAGGAGGAAGGCUCGUACGAAUUUGCCAAUAUGAAAGCUACCAGCAAUGCGGAGGAUGAGUUCGCUCACGGUCGCACUCCAAGAGAGAUGUCUCGUCCUACCACCACAACUCGAAAUGGUUUUAUGGAAUCACAAGGUUGCGGUAUGCAGGUAAUUAUGGACGCACAGCUUGCUCUCGACAUGGGCGUGCCAAUCUACGGUAUCCUAGGCUUUACAGCCACGGCCACAGACAAGAUCGGCCGGUCUGUUCCGGCACCUGGUCAAGGUGUGCUUACCACUGCUCGCGAACAGCAAAGCAAGUUUCCCUCGCCGCUUCUUGACAUCAAGUACAGGAAGAGACAAAUGGAUCUCCGCCGACAGCAGAUCAAGGCAUGGCAGGAAUCCGAACUCUUGUAUCUGCAGGAGGAGGUUGCCGCCAUGAAAGCCGAGGGUGGGGAAUUCAACGAGUCGGAGUAUCUUCAAGAUCGUGCCGAGCACAUUGCACGAGAAGCCAAGCGACAGGAGAAGGACGCCUUAGCAAGCUUGGGUAACAACUUUUGGAAGCAAGAUCCCAGGAUCGCUCCACUUCGUGGUGCUCUGGCUACGUGGGGUCUUACUAUCGAUGACCUCGGCGUUGCUUCCUUCCACGGCACGUCCACGGUUGCCAAUGAUAAGAAUGAGUCGGAUGUUAUUUGCCAGCAGAUGAAGCACCUCGGUCGAAAGAAGGGCAAUGCUCUUCUUGGUAUCUUCCAGAAGUAUCUCACCGGUCAUCCCAAGGGUGCUGCGGGAGCUUGGAUGUUCAACGGUUGCUUGCAAGUUCUCAACACUGGUCUUGUGCCGGGUAAUCGAAAUGCGGACAAUGUUGAUCAAGUGAUGGAGAAGUUCGAUUACAUUGUCUAUCCAAGCCGCACUAUUCAAACCGAUGGCAUUAAGGCUUUCUCUGUUACCUCCUUCGGAUUCGGGCAGAAAGGUGCUCAGGCCAUUGGCAUCCACCCUAAGUAUCUGUUUGCUACCCUCGAUCAGUCGCAGUUCCAGUCCUACAAGCUGAAGGUCGAGGCAAGGCAGAAGAAGGCGUACAGGUAUUUCCACGACGGCCUUAUCAACAACAACAUGUUCCGUGCCAAGGAUAAGAGCCCCUAUGAGGAUGCUAUUCAGAGCAAGGUGUUCCUUGAUCCAGGUGCACGAGUGACUGUCGACAAGAAGACUAACAACUUGGUGUAUCCUACCAAGGCUCCUGUGCCGGCAAAGGAUCCUAAAACCGAGCAGACAAAGAAGAUGGUCGAGUCUCUGACCAAAGCUACUUCAGCUCCAAACUCGAAAGUCGGUGUCGAUGUGGAAUCUAUUUCGUCUAUCAACAUAGAAAACGAUACAUUCAUCGAGCGGAAUUUUACAUCUGCCGAGCAGGCCUACUGCAAGAAAUCACCGAACGCACGGGCAAGCUUUGCGGGCCGGUGGAGCGCGAAGGAAGCUGUUUUCAAAGCACUUGGCGUGCAAGGCAAGGGAGCCGGCGCCGGGCUUAGGGAGAUCGAAAUUGUGUCAGAUGAGACAGGAGCACCGAUAGUGACCUUACACGGAGAUGCCAAGGCAGCGGCAGCUCGAGCGGGUGUUAAAAGCGUCAGUGUGAGCAUUAGCCAUGAUGAUGAGCAGGCUGUUGCUGUGGCUGUGUCGUCGUUCUAGAUUUGAAGAUGCCGAUCUGGUUGUAAUUUAAGUGAGAGUAUAUGGGACAUUUUCAUUUUUCGCGAGCUGUUGUACAAAUUAUUAUUGGACGCGGCGUCGGAGCCGAUAUGAUUGGCUGAGCAAACAAGAACUGUGUAGAGUCGCUACAGUUGGACGUGUGUGCCAAAAGCUAUGACGGGAUUGUUAUCCGUCAAGCGCGGUCAGCGCGUUCUAAAGGCUCUUUGCGUUGCCCCCAGUAUGUUAAGAUAGACCUCGUUCAUCUUGAAAGAUUUUAGGUUUGACUCGAAUGUGAUUGCGAUUAGCAUGUUGUGUUG